UCCAUAUCAGUUCGCUUCACAGUCGGUGCUCAUCUUUAUUUUUCAUCUCUCUUUCUUUAACUCCUCGGCGGAUCUCGGCGAUCUUAUCGGAAACCAAAUCUAUCAGUUUCGUGAAUCUAGGAAUCUGUAACCAACAAUGAAUCGCCACCACGAUCCCAACCCUUUCGAUGAGGAAGAAGAAGAAAUCGUCAAUCCUUUUUCGAAAGGUGGUGGAAGAGUUCCUGCUGCAUCUAGACCUGUUGAAUAUGGCCAAAGCCUUGAUGCUACUGUUGAUAUUCCAUUGGAUAAUAUGAAUGACUCUUCACAGAAACAGAGAAAGCUUGCUGACUGGGAAUCAGAGCUGAGGAAGAAAGAAAUGGAUAUCAAGCGAAGAGAGGAAGCUAUUGCUAAAUCUGGUGUGCAGAUAGAUGACAAAAACUGGCCACCGUUUUUCCCAAUCAUACACCAUGACAUUGCUAACGAGAUACCAGUUCAUGCACAAAAGCUGCAGUAUCUAGCUUUUGCUAGUUGGUUAGGUAUAGUUCUGUGUCUGGUAUUUAAUGUCAUUGCAACGAUGGUCUGCUGGAUUAAAGGCGGAGGUGUUAAAAUCUUUUUCCUUGCCACGAUAUAUGCUUUGAUCGGAUGUCCACUCUCUUAUGUACUAUGGUACAGGCCUCUCUACCGAGCCAUGAGGACUGACAGCGCUUUGAAGUUUGGUUGGUUUUUCUUCACCUACUUGAUUCACAUUGGCUUCUGUAUCGUUGCCGCCAUUGCCCCUCCGAUCUUUUUCCAUGGAAAGUCAUUAACGGGUGUGCUUGCAGCAAUUGAUGUCAUGUCAGACAGUUUAUUAGCUGGGAUCUUCUACUUUAUCGGGUUUGGUCUUUUCUGCUUGGAGUCACUUUUGAGUCUAUGGGUUCUUCAGAAAAUUUACCUCUACUUUAGGGGAAACAAGUGAAAAGGAGAUAAAGAGAAGAGGAUGAUGGUAAUUUUACCCUUACGAUAAAAAGGUUUGAAAUAUGUGUAUCUCAGUAUGAAUGUAAUUACCAUUUUACCAUUGGAUGCGCUGUGUUGAUUUGAGGUAAAUUUUUAGUUACUAUAGUAGCAAGAGAGAGUGGUUGUUCGGCCAUUUCUUUAGGUUUUGUUGUACUCUCUUCUUCUCUGGUACCAGUAUUGUCUCUGAGCGUUUGGGAUUUUUUUUCGACGAAGUGAAAUAUUAAGACAAAAAAAAAUCAUAGCCAUGAAUUAUUAUUACUAGCA